CAAUGCGCGCGGAGGGGCAAGAGAUGCGCCGUAAGGACAGGUGUCCAUGCGGCGAAAGUAGAGGGGGGGACUUUCACUCGCCACCUCUACCCCGUACUGGCCCCGGGCCUGUCCAAUGCAGUUCUGUGGGUAUCGUCGACCACUGCUGGAUAUACUCCCAAAGAAAACGAAGAAGACGUCACGGACCAACAAAAGAACAACACUUGCUGUAUCGGAAGAAAUAUACCUGUUUCAAAGAGAUUUCAAGCACCCGGGCCGAAUCAGGUUGUGAGCAGUGGGUUUAUGAAGGAACAGCGCAGUCGGCACAGGUAGUGUGCGCGAGUGUGCCUCUAGCCUGGAAUGGUGCGGUCUGUGCUCAGGGACACGAACUCUGAUGACAGUGUGACCCGAGUGGUAUCGGUAUGGUGGAUCUGACGACGGUGGUAGUGAGUUCCCUGAAAGCGGCAACAGGCCUGGUAGGUAUCAACAAACUCUGGUUUAUCCCGACGUUCCUGGCCGCCUUGGCCUACUACAACUAUGACCUGUACGAUCCGGAGAGCCGACCCAUCAACAUCAAAACAGCGGAGAUCCUGCCAGAAUAUGACUUCAUCGUCAUCGGGGGCGGGUCCGCCGGUAGCGUCAUGGCCAACAGGCUGACGGAGACCCCGGAAUGGAAGGUACUGUUGCUGGAAGCCGGAGGACAGGAAACCGAGUUGACGGACGUACCAGCCCUGUCUCUGUACCUCCACAAGAGCAGGUUCGACUGGAAGUACCGCACCCAGCCGCAGUCGACCGCCUGCCAAGCCAUGAAAGACCGUCGCUGUUGCUGGACUCGCGGCAAGGUAAUCGGAGGUUCGAGCGUGCUCAACACCAUGUUGUACGUGCGGGGAAACCGCAGAGACUACGACAACUGGGCCGCCAUGGGCAAUGAAGGCUGGAGCUACGAUGAGGUGCUACCGUACUUCAUGAAAUCGGAGGACCAGAGGAACCCCUACUUGGCGAGGAACACCAAGUACCAUGCCACUGGCGGCUACCUCACAGUACAGGACUCACCAUGGAACACGCCUCUCGGAAUCGCCUUCCUCCAGGCAGGUGAAGAGAUGGGGUACGAGAUCCGAGACAUCAACGGCGAACAGCAGACAGGUUACGCCCUCUACCAGUUCACGAUGAGGCGAGGCUACAGAUGCAGCACUGCCAAGGCGUUCCUGAACCCUAUCAGACUCAGGCGCAACCUGCACGUGGCGCUGUGGACACACGUCACCAAGAUCCUGAUAGACCCGACCACUAAACGGGCCUACGGAGUCGAGUUCGUACGUGAAGGCAUAAAGAAGCGCGUGCUGGCCCGCCGGGAGGUGAUUCUGUCUGCAGGAGCCAUCAAUACUCCUCAGCUGCUGAUGUUGUCAGGUAUCGGACCAGCAGAUCACCUGCGAUCAGUCGGCAUCCCCGUGAUCCACGACUCCCCUGGGGUGGGUCAGAACCUGAUGGAUCACAUCGCUGUGGGCGGCAUUAUAUUCCUGGUGGACUACCCGGUGUCGUUAGUGCUGCAGCGGAUAAUGAACCUCAACUCCGCGAUGAGGUACGCCAUCACGGGGGACGGCCCUCUGACGAGCAGCGUGGGCCUGGAGACCGUAGCCUUCAUCACGACCAAGUACGGCAACGUCACGGACGACUGGCCGGACAUUGAGUUCAUGCUGACGUCGACCAGCACCAUUAGUGACGGUGGCACGGUGGCCAAGCGGGCCCACGGGUUACGACAGGAGUUCUUCGACGAAUACAUGGGAGACAUCGUAAACAAAGACGCGUUCGGAGUGUUUCCCAUGAUCUUGAGGCCGAAGAGCAGAGGAUAUAUCAAGUUGAGGAGUAACAACCCGAUGCAGUACCCUCUUCUCUACCACAACUAUCUGACGCAUCCAGACGACGUGAGAGUUCUCAGAGAAGGCGUGAAGGCGGGAUUGGCCAUCGGAGAGACAGCGGCGAUGAAGCGGUUCGGCGCUAGGUUCCACCGGCGGCCCGUCCCUGGCUGCAAGAACCUGCCACUCUUCACCGACGAGUAUUGGGAGUGCUUCAUCCGACAGUACACGAUGACGAUAUACCAUAUGUCGGGCACAGCCAAGAUGGGCCCGGCGUCCGACCCCAUGGCCGUCGUCGACCCCAAACUGCGGGUAUACGGGGUACAAGGCCUGAGGGUGAUCGACGCGUCCGUCAUGCCACAGAUCACCAGCGGCAACAUCAACGCUCCUGUAAUCAUGAUAGGCGAGAAGGGGGCGGAUCUGGUCAUCAACUACUGGAAGGGUUACGACACUUCCAAGAGGUAGCGGAUCACGCUCUGACAGCUCUUUGCAGGAAUGAGAAAUCAUCUUAGCGAUGUUUGUUGAAUCUGCUACAGUUCGCAUGUAAUUCAUUUUUUAUUAUGCUAAAUCACGCUACAGAGCUAUUUGAUGAAACCAAAUAUUCAGAACAAGAAAGUCUCGAACUUGACAUAACACUGCGUAGAGGCACAUCGGAGAUAUUGGAUUUACAACAAGUAAAAUUCAAGUCCAACAUCAUAAUCUUAUCUAAAUUUAAGAAAACUUGGACAAAAGUAUUUCGUGUGUUAAUAUAAAAACCCCAGCAUAUUCCUGCUACGAAUUUAUAGAUUUUACCGAGUACUAAAUUGCCUUACCUUAGAAAAGAAACACAUAAUGAAACAGCAGUGCUCCCACUAGGUUACCACGAAAUAACAAAUGAUACAUGAAUAAUUUUCCACCUACCGUUUUAUAUACAAGAUGACACACGAAAUAAAAAGAUGACGUUGAAUUUCUGUUUGAUGUGAAAUAGUGUAGAGACCUAAAAUAGAAAGAGUCUAACGACUUUCGCUAUGUACAAAGUGAGUGUAUUGUUGCAUAUGAACACUAAUGUAUAUAAAAGUGUGCGCGUGUAUUUGACCAAAGAUGGCCAACCAAAUGGUAGACAUUAUCGAAUAGACAGCCAAUUAGUGAUAGAAUGGACGAUCGACUCUCAAGUGAAAACGACAAGCUUUUAUUUUCGCAAAAAGAACAAAAAGUGAGUUUCAAAUUCAUUGAGUACCUAAUACAAUAUUAUAGGUGUAUGGAAUAAUUGAAGUAAAUUAAGUUUUUAUCUUCGGGUACGCAAGUAAAUAAUUUACUAAUGAGGAUUAUCUUUUGUUUUUAAUAAAAAUUAUAAAUUUCUGUAUGCGGAGAAACCCAAACUUCAAAGUCUAAAGUAUGUGUCUUGCCGGUGUGAAGAUUUAAUAGUAAUUGUGUUUAGAUAUUUAUUGAUAGACGAUUUUUUACAGGACGAAUACAAUACAGUGAAGUGAAUGUAUAAAAGAAUCAAUUAAAACUG